ACGCAUCAUCAUUCCUUCUUUGGCCUCGUCGGUUCCUCGAUGCUAGUCCGGCUAUUGUUGUGUGUCUUUCAGGGCAGCCCUGACCUAUCAGCGGGCGGUGAUUUGUGGAUAUUUUAACUGUUUUGCUUAGCUCUCACCCCGCCAUAUUAAGCAGUCUUUGUCAGCUGGCGGUGCUUUUUCUUUGUGGCGAAAUAUAAAGGAUAACAGCGGAGGACUUUGGGGCUGCUGAAGUAGUAAAUCGGUAUGGGACAGACGGAAGACUGAGAUUGUUCGCCUUCCAGACUGCUGCUUCGGUCGGCUGUGUCUACUUCUCGGAAUUUCCUACGUGAAAUACAAAACGUGGGGGGGAGAAAACAUCACAGGACGCAUGUAGCCGAAGAAUAACACUGCAAAAGUCGCUUUUAAGGUAAGAAAUACAAGUCUGAGAAAGUCACAUUUUGUCUUGAAGUGAGUUAGCAGGGCCUCGUAGUUUCCCCCUGUGACACUUGGGAAAGUUGGGAAAGAGCAGGAGAGUUUUCUCUGUUUGUGUUACCUUUUCUUUAAAGUCUUUGUCUGUGAUUAUUCCGAAACAAAACACAAAUUCAGUGACUAUUUGCUUUGAUAGGUCGAUAUGAGAUGAAAACUUAGGUGGAAAAGCUCUAAAACAGUCCCAGGACAAGACCACAGUGCAUUAUUUUACCUACUUAUCACAAAAUGAGCUAAAUGACAAACUAAACUACAUUUCUUUCACUUAAAGAGCCUCUUUAUAUGUGUAUUUGAGCUACACUUAAGUGAAACUAUCUUUCUUUUUCCCUUGCCUCACCCAUUUUCUCUCUCUCUCUCUCUCUACACACACACUAUCAUAUCAGCUGCUAUGGGCCCCAGCUGUUAAGGCCUUUAUUGCAAGACAUAUUGCUUUACAACAGCAGAUCAUGAUGUUGAAAUCCCUGUAAUUUACGUCUUUGUGGAUAUAUUUUUUUUACUACUCCCAUCUUGCAUACUUUUUAUUGUAGCAGUACAGCUGUACUCCCCACGGUUGCAACAUGUGUGAGAAGAUAUGAAGUGCAUUAAUGAUGAUGUUGUGUUGGUGUGUGUCUCAUAUUCAUCCCUGAUGGUGCAUGUGUCUGCUGGUGUGCUUAUACACUCGGGUGCCACAGUAAUCCUCCUCCAUGCUAAUCCUUCUGUUAGUGCAGCCUCAGUUGGUUGGACAGUCGUGUCUCCCUCCACACACAGACAGACACACACACAGCUGGAAGGAGAGGCUUUUGGCAGAGGAGUGAGGAGCACUAACAGGUGGUGUUGGCCAGGGUUCAGGGACUUGAGUUUAACUGCAGACAUGAAGGAUCCUCACUCAGUCCUGAAUUGUACUCAUGGCACAAAUGAGACUCUACUGUGUCAUUAUAGUUCGCUGAUUAGAAGCUGAGAAGUCCGAGUCAUUAUGUGACACACACUCUCAUGUUAACAAACUGGAUGAGUGUUUGGAUUUUUGUGGACAGGGAGAAUCGUCAGAGGAGCAAACCUCAGACUAAAUCCUGCAGGCAGUGAUGAGGGCGACGAGAACAAGAGGAGCUUUUUUUAUUUUAUAGCUUGAACAUGGCUCAUUCUCUCUCCGAGCCUCACUCUAGUCUUUGACAGUCACAGCAGGUGGCCUCAGUGGUAUGAAUGGAUUCGGAAGGAAGUUCCCCUCUCUCCCUCCCCUCGGAGCGCCCCCCUCCUCUCACUGUGAUUGGCAGAGAUGGCAGGCUGCCCUGAAGAUAAGGCCAGGCUGCGCCUCAGAGAGUGUGCCAGGGAAAUUACUGAGUUACGCUUUGGUAAUGGUUUGCAGUCCCGGGGUAGGAUCUCCUUCUCCUCUCUGUGCGAUCGAGGAAAGUGUUUACAGUGUCAGUGUGUUAAGUUAGCUCUCAGGCUUACACACUGAAUUUAUCUUACACAGCAGGAUCAAGAUCGCUCUGUAGAUUUCGCACGCUGCUGUUUGGCAUGCCACGGACAGAAAUUCUCACGAAUGAUCUGAUAGUGCAGAAACGGUUGAAGGAAAUUCUCCUAAACCCACACCAGCAGACCAACAGUGAUUGAAAUUCCUCUGAAAGUUGUUUAUCGAGCAAAGACGCCAACAGCUUAACUGGUUACAAAUUUUUAUAGGGGAGCAUUAGCUGUGUUUCCCCUGCGAAUUAAACAUUUCAGAAAGAAAAAUAAGAAAUUAACCACAAAUUUGAGUUGGAUAAUUCAAUAUUUCACUCCUGAGAUAUUCAAAAAUAAUUGUAUUCAGUCUGUUUAGCCUGCCUACUCUGCUAACUCCCCGUCUUAUCCCUGGUCUUUUGUUGCUGUGAAGUAUAGCAGAACAAUAGUAUUGUGCUAAAAGUGACCACACCUGACCACACCCGGCUGUGAUGUUGAUCAGUUCCUCAGUUCCUGUUGCAGGAUCCCCAAAUUUAAAAGGCUACAACAGACCUGGUGUGGAGUAGACUGGGGAAGUUGUUGAAGGAACAGAGAUAUAUUUGUAGAGUGUUUAAAAACUUUAACCUGCAUGUUAACAUGUCAGUCUGGGUGAAAUCGAACUAAUUUGACUGACAUGCUGCAACAAUCCAGUUGGUUAUCUUUUUCCUCUUGCAUGUAAACACCUCAAUCUCACCCGAACUGGCCUGUGCAACAAAAUACCUGGUAGCAUCCUGCUAACUUGUUUGUUGAUUGUGUUGUUAAGUGACAUAACAGGUCAACCAGGGACAGCCCAGUCGCUAGCUGAAAAUCACCUUAUAAGCUCCAACCCUAGCUUGACUUAACUGUGCAUAUAUGUGUGCUGGAUAUAGGGAUGUCCCAAUACAAUAUUGAUAUUGGAUAUCGGUCCAAUAUCGGAUUAUAUCAGCCUGCCUCUUAAAUCUCUGAUAUCAGCACUCCGAUACAAGUAGUCCAUUCCAGAUACUACUCCAGCACCUCUAUCUAGCAGUGCCCGGGUCCAGCAUCUAGAGCCCAUGUAAUCACAACAACAGUGUGUACAAAGGUUCUAACAAAGUCGCAAAGAGUAUGAGUGAUGUCGGCUGUGUGGCAGUAUUUUCCGUUCAAGUCAGAAAGAGUUGCCGCUGAGUGCAAAACUUUUCAUGCACAAGUUUGAGCCAAUAUCGGAUCAAUAUAGGUAUCAGCCAGUACUGAAGGCUACAGUAUCGGGAUCGUAUCGGAAGUGAAAAAGUUGUAUCAGGACACCCUUAGCCGAAUAUCAGGAACAUUGUUGAAAUAAGAGAGGAACGAAAUGAAACAAAAACACUGUUUUUGGUUUAAUUCAUCGGCUCUGUAAAAUCAGAAUAACUUCAAGUUUAUCAUAGAGUUAAAGAGGUGAACUGCUGCUUCACUGGCUUACAGUAAGUCUUUUAUCAGAAAAGUUGAGGUGCAACUGUUCCGCAGACGACUUUGCAGUGUUUUGUCAGAACCAGCUUCGAGUCUAUGCAGAUGACUGCAUGCUGUUUGCCAAAAUCCCCUAAUAGAGUCCCAACCCAUGAGGAGUUGUACCACUACCUGAUCAUGACUUUUCCAUGUAGCAAGCUUUAUUUCUGCUCAUCCAAUUAUGAUGAAAUGCAGCAUCCUCAUCCUGCACAACACAUCCUGGGUAUAUAAACCCUGGACGUGGGCUUCGGUCUCAUUUCCAUAGUGAUUGCAAAGGUGACACUAGUCAGCCGCUCAAAGGUUGCCGGGCCUCUCCCUGUAUGUACUCUCCUGAAUUGCAUCUUAUCUGAUGAGUCACACUGAUAACCAGAGUCAGGAGCUGUGCCGUGUUUGAUCAAUAGCGGUCAAGAGAAGUCACUGUUUUCUGCGUCAUCUUGAAAUACCAACAUUUAACCUUCAUGUACCCUCAUUUUUCUCUCGAAGCACUUUGGACUUUUAAGUUUCUUUUAUCUUGUUUGUUACCUUUACCUGUUUGUCUCAGUACCACCGAGCAGAUUAUAAGUUGCCCUUCUUCAUAAAAAGUUUAACUUGGCUGUAACUUUUCUGAGAGCAACAGUCAAGGACAAAAACAGCCCCUCACUUUGAGUUCUGCAUUAGGACUGUGUAAUACGAGAGUUUUCUGUCAAAUAUUGAAUCUCUCAUCACGCAGUUCUCGCACAGUAUACUGAUCCAUCAAGACCAAACUUUCCAGUGUACUUCUGAGACUUUUUUUCCUCCUCAACGCUGCCUGCAUGCCAGCCACAGCUGAAGCUUCCCUCCUGCAGCUCUGCAGCAUUGUUGUAUUCAGGCCUGUGGGAAGCAGCAGUCUGUGUCUCCUUAAUCUGACACGGCAACACUGGCAGUCUGGCACUCAGCCUCGUGUGUCACAUGUCUUUGGACGGGGUCUGGCUUCAGCGUUUGUUUGAACACACACCGCCAUCGUUUGUACUCUCUCGUACAGUAAAGCUGAGAGCACAAACAUGUGAAGGAGUAUAAGAGUAUGAAUUUCCAUAUUUGAAGUAUUCGUACUCAAACUCAAGCGGACUUGGAUGCGACUUUGUCUCAGUUAAUAAUUGAGUAUCUUAAACUACUUUUUUUUAAAUGGUCUGUGUGGAUGUCGGAGACUUCACGGUGCGUCAUCUCUGUAUGAGCUUGAGGCGGUGUUUACUGCGUUCCCUUGGAGAUCCCAAAAGAAUGGCAGAUUUCUCCUUGCUAAUCCCAUUGUGUGUAUAACAGCCUCAUUAAGGAAACCAUCUGAGAGAGGACACAGUAAUCUGCCUGUAAUAUGUUUUGCUCUCAGUCAAUUUAAAGCGUCAUUAGUUUUGGUGAAUUUGUCACACGAGGAAGAAGAACAAUGGCUUUGGAUGAGUCAUUUCUGCUUAAUUACUCAUCCUCGUACUUUUAUGAUUUUUUUUCAUGGAACAUUUUCUUUCCUCUUCAGGGAUGGAAACGUGUCUAUUUGGUAGAGUGAAUAUGGAUGUUAAUAAUGUGAAGCUUUGUGGAUUAUCCAGGACUGAUGGGCUGACGUUGGUGUUUGCCCACAUGAGUAAAAAGUGAUGUAUUAAUCUGUUCACUAAGCAGCAUGUGCUGCAAACAUAGACACUCUCUAGCUUGCUGCAGCAAUCAGUCAGCACCGACAUGAACCACUGUGUUAUAUUUCCCCUCUAUAGGCGCAUCUGGUGGUGUUGAAUAUUUAAUUUUAGUUUGUUAGUUUGAUUGAUUGUUGGGUCGGCGGCUGUAACGGUGGCGUGCCUGUGUGCCCUUAUUAACAUCUCAGCAGUUUGGUGUUUGCAUGUGUAUGGGAUUGUAUAGUUCAGAGGGAUGUGUAUGCUGUGCUCUCUAGGGGGGCGGCAGCAUAAGGUACUUUCUCUUUUCUCAUUACAAAAGGAAGAUGGGACUGACAAAAGAGUAAACAAAAAGCCUUUCACUGCGGCGUGAAACCGAGAGAGGUGGAAGAUCGCUUCUCUAUGGGUGGUUUUGGAUAGAUCUAUUGAGCAGGAUUGAAACAUUUGGAGGAGAUGACUUGAUGGUUUGGUGGAGUUAAGAAGACGAAAAAUCUGUUUUUCUGUUACCAAACUUGUUUAUUUUUUUCCCUAAAUAACCCGUUGGUCUAGUUUUUAGAAGUUUGGUGGUAUCAGUUGUAUAAUCCUUAGUUUUUGCUGCUGGACAUGUCUAGUAUCUGGAGCCGGAGAAGAAGCGAUCCAAAGUACAAUUCAAGGGUGUUGAAACAGUUCGACACGCCGGAUCAUGUGCCGACCCUGUGGGCUCGCUCAGGCUUGUGAUCCAGUCAUGGCCUUUUUAGGAGCGAAUCCUCCCAGUGCAUGAUGGUGCAAACAGGAAAGACUGAGGAGAGGAACGGUUUUAACGUACGACUCGGGCUGUAAUUACACGACAAGAUUAGAGAAUAUAAAUCAAAGAGUGAAACUACAAGCCGCAGACUUAAUGGUCUCGGUGUUUCUUGCCUUACAGGAUGAGACUCAGAGUCCUCCAGGCAUUGAUCCACAUUGAAUCCGAACUACUUUGUACCUCCUCGCUCUGGUUGUUUAUCCUGUAAGUUGGCUUUGAUUUAAAAGCAGUCAUAAGGUCAGGCUCUCUCAGCUGACAGUUAAAACAGAGUCAGUGUACUUACUGUCACAGUGAUCUCUUGUAGUCUGGUUCAUCAGGAUUAACCUCAGUCUAGGAAACAGCCGAGGAUUUGAAGCAUUGAUACCCUCUUUUGAACUACACAGGCACUCCUCCACUACACAGGUUAGCCGUUUGUUUGCUGAAGCCUUAGCUGUGGGGUCAAGCACUAAGUGUUGUGGACGUUUGAACACGUGCUGUGUUUGGUAGAUGAAGGUCAGAGGUGACGGCGAUGUUUAUGUUGGCGUCUGUGAUCCUGCUCUGUCCAUCCUACUUAUUUAUGAUGCAGAAUACAGACAAUGUAGCAUAAAACGGGGUAUUAAACCCCUUCAAAUUUAUCCCACAAGUCGGAAACAACUUUUUUCAGUCAACAUUGAAUAUGUAUAGAUGGCUGUACUUAAAUGAUCCCAAACGAGGACGUGCUGCACACAAAUAUUGCACUUACUGGAGUCGAUUGUUGCUAAACCUCUACCUCGUCUCGUAUGUUUCAGUUGUUCUUUGCACCAACUAAACGCCGAUGAGUCAAGCUGUGAGAAACAGUCAUUGUCUUCAAGGUCGAACGAACAUAAAGAAACAAGCAGCCCACAGAUGGCCCAUUGUGUUUUUCUUUCUAAUUGUUAUUCAGGUUUCAGAUUUCUUUCCUGUCUUUGGUUUGUCUUUUUAUGCGCCACACGUGUAUAGACUUAUUUUCAUCUUAAUGUGCGUGCAUGUUUCCUACAGCCACCUGCAAGGACAUCCGGAGGUUCAUAGAUACGAGUGUAGUAUCUGUUUUAAUUGGCUGAAAGGUGAAUAAUAAACAGUGUUGCAAACUAUUCAGUAAGGAAAGUUGUUAGUGGCUGUCGUAAAAGUCGCUAGAAGUCACUAGAUAACGUCAUCGCCUAAUUCGCAUGUUUCUGAUGCACACUGGCUUUAUGUUGAGAAGAGUAACAUCGAUACCUGCUUUCAUGUUGGAGUCUCUGAACUCCAGAAAAAGGUGCUUUUUAAAAAAAUAGGUUGCUAGGGGCGUCUUAAAAGCCGCCAAAUCUAGUGACAAAGUCGUAAGAUUUAGAUUUUGGCAACAGUGGUUGAAUGUGUGUUUAUAAAUGUGUGAAAUUUGUGUGUUAGGUUGAGUAUUUCUAAUAACCAACAUGAAGCAUCAGUCAGGCCAAGCCAUGCAGAUGAUCCAUACAGGUCACAUGCUGUCAACACCAGCUGUUAUUGGUUAUCCUGUGGUCUGUGGUAAUCCAGUGCAGGAUUUCUGAUUUCCUGAGAGCCUUAAAGCAUGAGCUGGACUGACAUUUAUAUUAUGAUCUGGUUCUUCAUGCAUUUAUUGGAAAAUAUCAGCCUCAUCUUCAUCAACUUCUUCAGGAUUUUGUAUCCUGCAUGUUCACUCUGCAGCAGGUUGAUGUGAAGUUGACUUUUUAAGCAUCAGUGAGCCUCUUAAACGGUCCCUCUUGCUCUUUAAACUUUACCGUUUCCUGUACGAUAAAAUAACUCUGUCCAUCUGUCUCUAUCCAUCAUUUCGUCUCUCUAUUUCCGCUGCCUCAGCCAGCGUUGGCUUUCAGUCAAUACUGUUGAUGGUAGGAGCUCAAUACUCCAUUCAUCACUGAUAAGAACAUCCAUAGAUUGAUUCUCGACUCUCUGGUCAGGUUUGGCUGUAGCUCUGCCUCACAGAAGCUGAAGUCUAAGGUUUAUUUUCUUCACAGUCGUAGUUUCAGCUUCAGUCUGACUCUGACAGCAAACCCUUCUGCGGCGGGGGACGACCCGGCUUGGCGGGGUGAAAAUAUACUGAUAUCAGGACUCACAUGAAAGUUGAAACACUCAAAAUAAAAAAAAAACAUUCAGCAAACCACCGGACAUUGAUUAACGUGGACGCUCUUUAAUCUUCCUGUCUCCACUCGGUCUCCGGUGGGUCGGGCGAAUCCAAAAUGGUGAAAACAAGGGCGAUGUUCUCAGACAGACUGUUACCUGUAAAAUGGAGAUGCUAUGAAAACACCCUCAUUAGCACUUGGUAUGUUCCUCCUGAUGAAAUUAACAAUAGACUGUAAAUUGACGCUUGACAAAAAUCGAGUCGACCAAUCAGAAUUUUGGUCGACAUGGCACGUAUCGACCAAUAAGUCGACCAGUGGAUUAGGACUUUACAGCCUUAGAGGAUUCUAGUUGUUGAAGGUUCCUUUUCAAACUAUGGAGUAUGAGUAAGCUCUUCUAAUCCACUGAGAUUAAACUAUAAACAUUUACCUCCAGAGUAUUAAUGACUUGAAAAAAGACAUGUUGUGUUUUUGUUUCAAACCUCAUGUUCCCCUUUCCUUGUCUUUAGUUUUUGUCUGACAGCAGCCCUGACCUGUGUCACCCUGUUACAAACCCCUGUGUGACCUGUCUCUGACGGACAUUCGAAACUAUGCUGUAACAUUUCCCAAGAUAUGAGUCACUGACUGUGGAUCAGCCUAGGAGCUGUCCUGCAGCAGCAGCAGCAGCGUCUUUAUUGUGUACACAAUACACAUACGCGCACUCAGACCCACCUUGACAAUGAGGCGAAAGGUGACAGAGCGCUGAGUAAACAGAGACGGUUGAUGCUGUCAACACUUGGAAACACUCCUACAGCCUUAAACUGACACAUAUUCAUUUAUACUCAGAUAUACAUGCGUUAGGAUGAUAACUAAAGUGACAACUUCUUAAAAGAUUGAACAACAUGUGUCUUAAUUAAAAUAAAAAAACACUAUCUGAGUAAUAAUAUCAUGUCUAUGUGAACUGAUGUGGACUUUCCCACAGAGAUCCACCAAUCCCGCAUACACAAGGGCUCAAAUAUCAGUGAGAACAGUGGUAUAGAGCAGUGAGGAACAGAAACACCUCAGGCUCUCCCACUCAUUUCUGUGUCAGUGAUGGUGUGAUCACAGAGGGCAGAGUUGAAAUGGCCAAAGGCUGCAACUGGAUCCAGUUUUUAGCUGCAGUAGCUUGUUCAGCUUUUGUCCAGACUUGUGAAGUUGUGUUAGAUCAUCGGUUGGCUUGAAUUAUCUGUUUUAUGAAUGGUGAAGUCCAGCCGCCCCACUGACAAACUCCAGGCUGUAGCUCGAUGACGUACCGUGCACUCAAGCUUUUUUGACUGAAACGUUGAUUUUUGGAUUUUAGGAAAGUUGGACCGGAUCUGCUCCACCCUGGGCAGGUUGGCAAGGUUUUUAAUCACCAUGUUGGAGGAGAUACACUAAUUAUAACAAAGCUGGACUUAAUUAUUCUGCACAUAUGUGUUUGCAAUUUCCACGCAGAGUUUGGAAUCGAGUAGCAGGAAAAACUGUGAAGAUUUGAGACUUACAAGGAAACAGCGUGUAGCAUGUGUUCUCAUAGGGGUUCAUUAGUGAGGCAACUAUAAACACACACAAUAUUUGUGUGUUUUCAGCACAUGUUACACUGGCCUCUAACUCUCCAUUUCUCCUCUUCAGGCUUGACCAUGGGUUGUGUCAGGAGUAAAGAGGACAAAGGCCCGGCCUCGAAGUACCGACCCGACAACACAAAUGCCACGCCAAUCAAUGCCAACCCAGGCCGCUACGGGCCAGACCCCACCCUGAUGGGUCAUUCACCUGCCAUGAAGACACACAACAACAGCUACAACAGUCAUGCGGCCUCCCUGACGCCGUUCGGUGGAGCGUCUUCCAUCAUGACCCCGUUUGGCGGGGCCUCCACUUCCUUCACCUCUGUGGCCGUGAGCAGUCCUUUCCCCGGCGUAAUCACAGGUCAGUUUGUGAAGUACAAUAAAGAUGUGACUCCAGAUUUAUCAAGAACCCUGGAUUUAAUAAAGCUGUAACCACCUAUGAAAUCAAGGAGGUCCAGAUCGCAGAGGCUAAUCUGCUGGUUUUAAAAGUAUAUUUGAGACGUUGUUGUUAUUUUCUGUGCAUGACUGCCUGUUUGUAACCCAGUGGACAGAAAUAACACAUCCCUCCGCCUCAUGUACAGGUACUUGUGAGUGUUGCCAUGGUUAUAGGCAGCUUUCUUCUGACCACCCAGCUCAUCAAAAUCAACAUGCAGUGACCAGAAAUGCUGCUUAAGUUUUUCUGUUUAAAAUGCACAAAAUGCAAAUUCCAGUCACAUUAUACAGCAGUAAAUAAGCUGUACUUUACACUUGCUAACUCUGUAUUGUUGCAAAUGAUUAUAACCCUGCUUAUCACUAAUCACCUGGCUUUGUUUAAUACUUGAUAUUAGCAAAGUCUACUGUGUCUUUAUGAUAGUGCCAGUCGACGACAUGGAAGAUAGCUUUGAUAAUAUUACUCUUAAAACUUUGGGUAGGGAGUGAAUGACAAGACAAGAAUUGGGAAAACAAGACAGAGAUGAGCAAAAGGGGCUGGAGAGUAAAUGAGACAUCUAACAAAUUAAAGAAAACAGACAUAAAGCGAGCACAAACUGCGACACAGUAUUGACAUUGGCAUAAGCUACAGACUUGAUAAGGUAAAAGGGUUGGUUCUGUUAUUUUGUGCAGCUGUUAAGACUUUACUGUGAGUGAUAGAUGAAGAUUAUUGUUAAUUCAAUCCAUAAGUGAGUUACAUUAACAUUACGUUAUCCGCGCUACUAGCUAUUUAUGCUGCGCUCGAGUUACCUGUGAAGUCAGAUGUCCAAGCUGGGAAUGAUGUCACACCCGAGUUACCAGCGUUUCAGUUACAAAGUCAGAAAAAAGCUAAAUCAGAGGCAGAGACAUUAUGGCUAAAUCUACGAAAGUUAUUUUAGCGCUUGCCUUGUCCUUGCUUAUAAGGCUAGGCUAAAAUAACUUUCGUAGAUGUAGCCAUCUUGUUUCCGCCUCCGAUUUUGCUUUUUCCUAUUCAAGAUAAUAUCUCGGUUGUGAGUUGUGACGUCAUUCCUGCAUAUAAACUUGAACGUUUCCCCUCACGUUGAUGGAAGAGGGUCUGACAGGAUUUGGCGCGCUCGUUGAUGACUCUAAACAAGUCGAAAAUUACGUUGUGUGUUGUUGUGCUCACACAGUGCGAGAAGGGCAAACACUAGACUGUGUAUUCAUCAGUUUCAUUUUACUGUGUCAGGAUGUUUGACUACAUUUUAAGUUAAACUCUGUAAUGUAUUAAACAGAAAUAUCAAAGCUUCAUCUUUUUAAAUAAACCGGAAUCAAAGGAUUAUAAUUUACCAGAAGUGUUUACAAAAAUUCAACAAACCAUCGUCUCCCGAUUCUAACUUCUAAUCGUGUUUCCAGUCCUUGUAAAUGAGUGUAAAACUUCAAAAUAAACUCUACUGAACAUUUGUAAUGCACAUGAGGUUCAGAGCAGCAGAUGUUACACAAAGUCGACAUUUGAGACGACUCAGCCUAAACAUCAAGGCCGGAGAGGAACCGAAAAUAGUUCUCUGAUAUGGGAAGAAACACACGGCGUCUCCAGAGCCAAAGACAACAAUUAUAAACCCUGACUUCAUUAGAUCUAGUCAACCACAUCCAAAGUUAUCCUGUCAGCAAGAGUUUGACUUUCAGCGACUUUCCGAUGAAGGAUUUGCUCGUAAUGAAAUGACGCCUGGUGACAUGAAACAUAAUCCGGCGCUCAUUUGCAUAGUUAAUACAUCACAGAUUAGAUGGAUGAAUUAUGCAAUAAACAUUCACAACACUGAGCGUUGUUUCCACUUCGAGCACACACACACACACACACACACAUGCUCAUGCACACACAACCCCAGUCUCUGCCGUGAUCUCUCAAGGAGGAUAAUCUUGCCUGAGGGGGCUGCUGGAGAUCUAAUCCUGCCCGUUCAAUUUCCUCCUGCAGAUAAACAUAUCAGAGUCCUGUUGUCUCUCUGCACUCUGUCACUUCAGACCCGACAAAUCAACUCUUUUCAUUAUGUGGGAGAGAUUAAGUGACAUCAAUUUGAUUCACUGACAUCACGAGAUACCGCCCAGUCUGAGAGAUGGUGUUUCUCUUGUGUGUUUCCUUCAAAUAAAUCAACAGUAAAGGAGCAGUCUGUGUUUUAAGUGCUGGCUCAGAGGGUUCUAUUCAAAAAUAGGGUGUACUACUUUAAAUAAAAAAGGAAGAUUAAUGUCGUCAUGAGUUAAAUAAAUAAAUCUGUGUAUCAUAUUGAUUUGAUUAAGACUUGAUGAAGCUUUGAAUUAAGUAUGAAACAAUCAACGCAGCAACCUAAAAAAAUUCGGUCACCCUUUUUUGAAUGCUAGUGUUUUUUUUUACGUGUAAUGCAGCUUUAAAUAAUUAGAUUAAAGAGUGAUGAAAUAUCCACACUCAUGCUCAGUCUCUCUUGUUUUCAGGUGGUGUGACAUUUUUCGUCGCCCUCUACGACUAUGAAGCCAGGACGUCUGAUGAUCUGUCUUUCACAAAAGGGGAUCGCUUCCAGAUCAUCAACAACACGUGAGUACAUUUGCUUUUUAAACUAGCAACCUCCUGCUGAGGGGAUGUGUGUGUGUGUGUGUGUGUGUGUGUGUGUGUGUGUGUGUGUGUGUGUGUGUGUGUGUGUGUGUGUGUGUGUGUGUGUGUGUGUGUGUGUGUGUGUGUGUGUGUGUGUAAUCCCUCAUUGUAUUCAAGUCUGAUAUUAAGGCUGAAAUCUGUCUGGGUUAAUGGCUUCCUCUAAUGGGCCAUCUGUUUCGCCCCUGCCGCUUUUCUCCUGCCACACAUUAUUCCACCAGCGCGUUUUUGUCAGAGUGAUAACCACACAACGCUGAGAAGUUUCAGUAAUGCACAUCAUGUAUCAGAUUUAUAUAUUCCUAUCACUUCCAGGCUGUGUGCGAAGCCGCUAACAGUGCAUGGAGAAAUGAGCCUGAAGGUGAAACUCAUUAGAGGAGAGUGAGAUUAGUUUACAUUUUAGCAACAUCAUCAUCGAUUUAUUUUGUAAAGGCAUGAUUAUGGUGGCCCUGAGGUGCAAAACACAACAGUGAAUAAGAAAACACAACAGAAAAAGAGAAAAGUCUUCGACAAAUAGGAAAACACAACACAAAAUGAGAAAACACAAAACAAAAGAGAAAACACAAAACAAAAAAAGAGAAAACAAAAAAUGAAAGAGAAAACACAUCGACAAAUAAAAAAACACAACACAAAAAGAGAAAACGCAACACAAAAAGAGAAAACACAAAACAAAAAAGAAAACACAAAACAAAUAGAGAAAACAAAAAAAGAGAAAACGCAUCAACAAAUAAGAAAACACAACACAAAAAAGAGAAAACACAAAAAAUAGGAAAACACAACACAAGAAGAGAUAACACAAUGGCAAAUAAGAAAACACAAAGACAUUAAUUAUGUUUUCUCUUUUUGUGUUGUGUUUUCUUUUUUUGUGUUGUGUUUUUUGAUUUGCCGUUGUGUUUUGCACCUUAGGGCCACCGUACAUAAUACAGGGAGCGAUUUCCCUCGUUUACAAGUCAGUGACUUUGCUACAGAUAGUGAAACUAGUGAUUAAUAAAUUCAUGCUCAUCAUACCAGCAUUAAAGGAAGUAGAAACCAGAUAAUGAGGGAUUACUGACUGUUUAUUCUUCAGCAGUGGCAGCAGCUGAAGCAUCUUUUAUUGAACAGGUGUGAAAACAGGCAGCCUCAUACUCGAUGUCGCUCUCCUCUUUCAUCACACACAUCUCCGGCUACCGUCAAUGAACACGUUACAUAUGCAACGAUGAAAAGUCCAUCUGCUUUCAUAGAGGUGGUGGGAGGAGGACAGAAAUACAGUUUUUAGAAAACGCUGCCGAACAGUUUCGUCUUAGAGACAAGUUCCUGGUCUCUCUGUGAUUCACGCUCGCACAUCUGCUGUUGUUGCUAUAAAUGGAGGACUAAAACGGGGGAGUUUGUUUUAUAACCUUCUGCAAUGUUGUCAUUGGUUUUUUUUUUGUAGGCGUUGUGUUCUUCGUGGUAAAAGUAGCACAACAACAAGAGAGAUACUUUACUGAACUCUGCUCAGUUGUGUUUUUUAAAUAUGUGCGUUAUGAGCAUUAGCACCGCUUAAACUGCGAUAAUUCAGGAGGAAACAGAUUUGUUUUUUAAUCAACUACAUUUCAGCUGCAGCAGAUUUGACACUUGUUGCAUGAGACAGUCAACUUCUUAAAAUUUUGAGGAGUUUUCCUUCAGUUUCCUCAUGUGCACUUAUUCAUGUCACAUACCAGAGUGUUAUGAUUGUGUUAAUGUGUGUUAAGCAUCCACCCGUGCUUGUCAUGACUCCUAAACCCCUCCUUCAGCGUGUUGACACGGAUUACUGACGCGUUUGAAUGACGCAUAAUGCGACCUUGUUACUUCUGUGUCUUUUUCUCUUUUUUUUAUUUUUGGUGUAGGUGGACCUUCCAACCGUUCUUUCUAUUUUGUCUGUUUUGUGUGUUUCUGAUUUCCAAUUUUCUUCUCUCUUCAGUGAAGGCGACUGGUGGGAGGCUCGCUCCAUCAACACCGGACAAAAAGGUUACAUCCCCAGUAACUACGUGGCUCCUGCCGACUCCAUACAGGCUGAAGAGUGAGAGCUCAUUAACUUUUCUGACACUCUUUGUCUGUCUCGAUCUCCGUCAUCCUCUGACGUUCGUUUCUUUACUUGUUUCAUCUUUACUUCCCCCUCAUCGUUCCCUUCUGCUGUCUCACCCUGCUUACUUUGAUUGAGACAACACGAUGCGGCUGGCCAGUCACACACUGAGACUGACCCAUCGUGAACCAACAUGGCAGCACCGAGUCCAAACAAUAGAGCCCUGUAUUUGCUGCGUGGCAUCCACAUUGCUGUUCAUUCACUGUGACUGAAACAUCAAGGGACUGGGCUGCUUUUAGACCAGUUUGGCCUGGUUUUGGAUCGGUAGUAGCUGCGUAGACGACUUGAUUAAAAUCUGGGAAACCUGCCUCUUAACUCUAUUUUCAUUCUAAAGUGAUCACAUCUGUUUUUGCUUUGCAUUUUAUCCCAGAAAAAAAUAUGCCAAUCUUGUGAGAGUGUUUAGCAGGACAGGACCUUUUAAAAAAGAUGGUGUUGUCUUAAAGUCCCACUCCGAUUGUUUUUUUGUUCUCUACUUUAAGUGUUCUCGGUGGUCUUUAAAUUGUGAUUAGGAAGUUUUUAGCCAAAAUCACGUUAAAGGGCUUUUCUUCUGCAGAGCUCCAGUUGCUCAUUAGCAAUUCGCCGCUGAGUUGUGGGCGGAGACAACGCUUCUCUGCACACUCCUCUUCACGCUAGCUUGUAGCCUAACAUUGCUGAUGAAGUAGAAGUAGAAGGUAAAAUAGGAGCUAUUCAACUCUUGGACACUGAAGUCUUAAGGGGCCUGAUGAAAGUUAAUAUCAUAAUUAGCUUUCUUACAAGCAUUGCAAACCGCUAACGCACACACUUGUUCCAUGAUUUUUCUCUCUUAUUUCUUUGAGCUAGGCUUGCAUAGCAGGGCUCUGGGGGCGGAGCUUGGAAUUGUGACAUAGGAAAUCCAACUGUGUCUUAGUCUGCCAUUUGAUCUGCCAGAGAUUCACAGCAGUUUGGAUGCAGAACUACUUAGAAAUGCAAUUCCGCAGUUAUUUUUCUCAUGAUAUGUCCUGUUCCCUCAGAAAAAUGCCAUAUGAACAUGUAGACAACAAGAAAAACAUGAAAGAAACAUUUUCAUUGUGGGUCUUUAACUAGAAUGAGAUCACUUGGAGCUGGUUCUUGGAUGACAUUUGAGGCUUCCUGGUUUCCUCUCAGAUAUGAACCGAAAUAUAAAAAUCAUCAUUGAUUUGAUUUUUCUCUGAGCAACACAAAAUCUAAUUUCCCCGUCACCCUUUUCUGAAGGUAACUUUACAAUAUGAGAUGAGAUCGUGUCUGACUUGUCCGACUGUCUCGCUUUUGGCAGAUGGUACUUUGGUAAAAUGGGUCGCAAAGAUGCGGAGCGCCUCUUGUUGGUUCCAGGGAACCUGCGGGGCACUUUCUUGGCACGAGAGAGCGAGACAACCAAAGGUAUGAGUGUUUUUUAUUUAUUUAUUUUUAUUCGAGCUGUUUUAAAAUGUAAAGAAAUGAACUCAUGUUUCUUUUAUUUGUUUGUGUAACUUCACAAAGGCGCCUACUCUCUGUCGAUCCGGGACUGGGAUGAGGUGAAGGGAGACAACGUCAAACACUACAAGAUCCGCAAGCUGGAUAACGGCGGUUAUUACAUCACCACGCGGGCCCAGUUUGACACACUGCAGAAGCUGGUGAAACACUACACAGGUAUGCAUCCCAUCAACAAAGUCCGCUUACACAUCAUCAUCAUCUCACCAAGGCGGCAUUUAGACUGAUUGUUGUUUACAGCCGGACUGCUUCUCUUACAUGGAAGAAGUUUGUAAUUUAGUCUCUUUUUCAGACUCCUGAUUGUAGUGUGUAAUCUGGACAAACAUGCCCGUGAUUUCUCCUCAUUCCUACAAUCAGCAGUUGUCUGACUCGCUGCUGGAAUAUGUAUUAAAUGUACGAUAAAACGCUUCUGCUCUGAUGAUUCUCAGGCUUUUGCUGACACGGCUGCAGCUCAGUAAUCACGCCAAACUCCCCCGAAAAAGCAAAACCAUGUGACGCUUAAUCCGAAAGAGGCGUGAAUAUAAAAAUGUCACAUAAAAAAACACUGAGUCCUAAGCCGGCUGUAAUCUCUCUGGAAUAUUGAUCAGCAAGCAGCUGCUCCAAAAAUCCCUCUGAAAGUGUAGGUGACAAAAGCACACGCAGGAUGAACUGUUCAUAGAAACUUUGCAAUAGUAAAAUCUAUGAAAAUAAGGUUGAAAUGUUCGAUUUCUCUUUGUGUUUUUGACCCCUGCUCUGCUCGCCCCACAUAAUUCCUCUCACGCAGUCGCUGAUCAAUUCAUAGCUCUGCGCUUCCCUCGUGUUCCUGCGAGCGUGGAGCUCUGAGCUGCAGGAAAAGUCAACAACAAGUGCAAAUUCAUGCCGGAGAAGCUCGCAGCUCCCUACCUGCUCAGUGGUUUGAAAUAACAGGCUUAUUUAAUAUCUGUGUGCUGAAUGUAAGCGAGGCUCUCCAUGACUGCUAGCUCUGGUGUCGUCCACCACUGUUUGCUUUCGCUGUGUCUUCAGUCCAAACAGAGACCUGUGAUCUUCCUAUUUUCUGACUCAAAUUGGAGGAAUUGAGUUCACCGUGCUUCAUGACUGUGUGAUAAAAAAAGAUUAUUUGUGGAGAGGAAGUAUUUUUCCAGAAAUACCUAAAAAGAAGGACUGCUGUUGUGUGAUGUUCUACGUCUGUUUUGUGUGUCUGUCCCUCACCAGAGCACGCCGACGGUCUGUGCCAUAGGCUGACGACUGUUUGCCCGACGGUGAAGCCUCAGACUCAGGGACUAGCGAAAGACGCCUGGGAAAUUCCACGAGAGUCUCUCAGACUGGAGGUCAAACUGGGACAGGGCUGCUUCGGAGAAGUCUGGAUGGGUAAGAGAUGCCGUAACUGCUUUCGUCUUUCACACUGUUUAUGUCUCAGAAACAAACGUAAGCUGGGUUUCCACAGUAGGAACUUCCCUUAGGGGCUUUGGAAAAGAGACUCAGUAUAUUCCCUCUGCAGUGGUCAGGGUCUAAAUGAGGUCUAAGGGGCCUUUCAGAAAGUCCCUGCUCUGGAAAUAAGACUCUCCUACAGCACAGGGACUUUGGGAUGGGCUUUCCAAGGCUGAGCAUUGAUUGUUUUAUUGUAGGUGCGGCUUCUUCGCCCAGCAGGAUACUUGCGUAAUCUUGACAGACUUUAGUCCACGGCAAAAACACAGACAACAUAGCUGGAGGAGCUUGUUAGUGUCUUUAAGAGGGACUCUUAAGACUUGAGGUCCUGGGCUCUUAAAAGAUCCUGUAAAACCUGGAAUAUAAAUCACACACUAUAUAUAAGACACUGUUGGUAUUUCAGGGGCUGUAAAUAGAUUGGAAGGCAUGGCAGGAAUGUAAUGUGACACAUAAUGAGGCUGCAGCUUCCUUUUAUUUUAAACAGUGAUUAAGCUGUAGUUUUUAUUUAAGACAAAACUUUUCUAUAACAUUUGAAUUAAAAAAACAUCAUUUUCAAAAUCCAAGGCCGAAAUACUGAAAUCCAGGAAUCCAGAAAAUGAACAUUUUUUAGGGUCUUGAGUCAAAUCAUGAGAAUUCAUUAGAUUUUUACUGACAUAAGUGUUAUCAUCAGUAGGGGUGUCCCAAUACAACUUUUUUUACUUCCAAUAUGAUGCCAAUAUUGGCCAAUACCGAUAUUGAUCUGAUACCAGCACAAACUUGUGAUUGACAAGUUUUGCACUCAGCUGAAUAACUUUUUUCGGACUUAAACGAAAAAUACUGCAACAUGGCCGACAUCACUUCUACUCCUUGCUACUUUGUUUGUACCCUAGUUCACACUGUUGUUGUGAUUUUGCGGGCUCUACAUGCUGGAUCUGGGCGCUGCUAGAUAGAGGUGCCGGAGUGGAAUCUGGAAUGGACUGCUUAUAUCAGAGUGCUGAUACUGGAGAUUUUAGAUGCAGGCCGAUAUAAUCCGAUAUUCAUUUUUUUGCUGGUAUCAGACCGUUAUCUGAUAUCAAUAUUGUAUUGGAACAUCCCUAACUAUCAGUGAAUUCAUGUGAACUUUGAUAGUAUAAGGAGCAACACUGUUUAUAGAAAAUGUAGAAGUUCUGUCUUGCAGUCGUCUCCUUCCAAAAAGGACAGACAAGCUUCCGAAGGCUGACUCAGUUUGUGGUUUUAGUCUACAGCCUCACAUUGUCCACUCAAACAGUAUGCAGCAUUCAUAUUUCCACUGAUCAUGAAUUAGUCAAUGAUACGAACACAAAUACACAAAUACACUCUUGUGACAAUUAGUAUGUUCAAGAAAACAUCCUCUGUGCAUUAUUAAUAAGACAUGUAAGUUUAAUGUAAAAGGACUCAGGAGCAGUGAAAGCACGUACACAGAGUGAGUUUAUAGAAUGAUUCACGUUGGCUCGAGGCUGAGUGGGUCUGACCUCAGUAAAGAUCUGGUCUCGCUGCCUCACUGGCCCACAUACUGAUGGAAAGACUGAUCGCUGCAUGCAGCUCAGUAAUGACAGGUCACCUCCUACGCUUCAGUUCCCUGGGCCCGCAUGUGAGACGGGGGCCUGUGAGUGAGCACGGCGCUCCUCUUUCAUCACUCAGUCUUUCAUUAAGCGUGGCCUGCAGCAAGCCUCGACCUGCGCGCCUCUGCUAUGCAAUCCCAGGAAUCCCUCUUUCUCUCCCUCUCCUUGUUCUGUGUGGUCUUGCUCGCCUACAACUUCUCUCUAAAACUCGUCUAGACUGUUCAGCGUUUCACUUUCAAAUGUCUUGCAGUGUGCCAGUUGAUCUCUAACACACAUGUUAUUAGUAGAUAUGAUCACUGCCCUACUUUGUCCUUCGGCUCCUGUGUGUGUGUGCGGUUGGAGUUUGUUCAGUAUGAUUCAUUCAUGAAGGUCAGCCACAUGACGGAAGCUGCAGAUCUCCUGCCUCAGCUCAUUGUAUGUAAGCAGGGCGUGAGUAAGUGGCUCUCGAACCAGGAAGUGGCUGAUUAUUUAAGCUGUUGUGUUGCCCAACUCUCCCCCUGAGCUGCAUUUGCGCACGGGAACGCUGCCAGGGAUCACUGGCACGUUGGCUGGUUUUCAGAGCCCACUUUUUUAAUCACUUAAAAGGGGUCAAAAAGUCCUAAAUGCACCUGCGGGCUUUUAGAGUUGCAGAUCGGUUCAUUUCAUAAAUUGGACAUCUGUCAGAUUUAUUCAUUCCUCUUGCUCGUGCCGUUUAAUGCAACUCAGUUUAAGGAGAUGACCAUUCUGUUUUCAUCUGGUGUUUUUAUUCAGGCACGUGGAACGGCACGACUAAGGUGGCUAUCAAGACCCUGAAGCCCGGCACCAUGUCCCCAGAAGCUUUCCUACAGGAGGCUCAGAUCAUGAAGAAACUCCGGCAUGACAAACUGGUGCCUCUCUACGCUGUGGUGUCAGAGGAACCCAUCUAUAUCGUGACAGAAUUCAUGGGCAAAGGUAAGACGCACACAGACUUCUCCAUGACUACUCCUUAAUGUGACGAGACAGAAACAAGCUUUACUCAGCAACCCAAUACAAAGAUACUUCAACCUGAACCACUGACUGUUAUUAUAAACUAGUGUUAGUCAUUCAUGCUGCAAUACAGCAAGUGGUUUCCCUCUGCAACGUUAGAUAAAAAUAAAUAUAGCAGGAUUCAUUUGCAUCAUACAGUAUGUUAAAGUGUUCCUUAUGGUCACAUCUUUAUGUCGUCCAUCUAAGCAUCGUGGUUUUUGAGUUCCACUGUAGAAGAGACUUACCCCCAAUUUCUACCGCAUCUGGAACGUCUACGAAAAGGCCGUAUCCGCCGAUCGUAGCUGAUUGUUACGUUGUCAAGUCAGUGUGUCAAUUUCCACUGGUGUCUUUCCGUUCCACUGUGGAUCGCUGGACUCCGCAGCUGAUCACAAGAGUUCUGUUUUUUCCAGACGCUGGAGGGUGCCAGAUAAAUUCAGCUCAGAUUAACCCGUGCUGGAAAGGAAGUCGGGCACAGACACAAAAUAAAACAUCCGGUUUCUUUUUAUUUUCUUUUAUUGCACGUAAAUCUGCGGGUUCUUGUGAGUUCUCGUGAUUCCUGCUGUCCGUAAUCCGCCACGAAAUUCGCCUCCCAAACGGAUCUUGUAGGAAUUGGUGGAUGGCGAAGAUCACCACCGUUCCAGAUUGGAGCCGAUCCGGAUUUGGUGAAAAUUGGGGGUUAACCGUCUUUAGGGGCAGGUGGUAAACUACAUACACACACCAGCAGAGGUCAUCUUGAAGAGAGUCCUCUGGACCUCUUCUGAUUUAUCUACUUUAUUUAUAGAGCACCUUUAAAAACAGAUGUUUACAAAGUACUUUAACAGAAGAAGCAACAAAGGCAGAAACAGUCAAAGUUAAAAUAUAGACAGUUAAAGAUUGGCGGUUGGUUGGCAGCAUCUCAUCAGGAUGGUGAAAAGGAAGAAGAUGGAUAGAGGAGAAAUAAAAGAGGAAGAGAAAUAAAUACAUAGGUAAUAAAAUAAGAGUAAUAAUGAAAAGGAAGGGAGUUUAUUAAAAUAUGAGACAAUGUCAAAAACUAAAAACGAUGAUGAUAAUAAUUUAAAAAACUGACAAGGUUAAACAAGAGGCAGCAGUCAAUCAAAUAAAUAAAUAAGUCAUUACAUCAUCACCUUAAGACAUACAAGAUCUCUCAGCUGCUUUAAUUUGUUUAAUUUUCUACUCAUUUACCUGUGAGGCCUGGUGCUAGCUCUGCUAACAUUAGCCACUCUUGUUAUUCUGCUUUGUUUGCCACUCCUGUAUUUCUUUUUGCAUUUUCCCCCCACAUGCAAACCAGUCAGACUGUGUCGAUUGUUCCUGACUGUGAUCUUCUAACUCCCACAGGCAGUUUACUGGACUUCCUGAAGGAGGGAGACGGUAAAUAUCUGAAGCUGCCCCAGCUGGUGGACAUGGCCGCACAGGUAGGAUGGAAACACCGGCGUGUGAAUGCCAACAUUUUGCCUCUUAAGCUCCUCGGCUGCUGUUUCAAAGUCUGUGUGAGGGACGGCUUAUCAUGCAUCAUCAAUAAAACAAAGAAAGCUGUGGGUGGGCUCUCUCAGCCGUGUGUGUAGGUGCGCAUGAGUCAAAACAUUCAGAAUAACGGUUUUCAGUUUCCUCUCCAUCUGGCUGCUGUAUUUAUUCAGUGCCCAACCUGACAUCUCUACGCCCUCCUCCUCCUCCUCUUCCUCCUCCUCCUCCUCUCUGCUGUAUGUGACUCCCCUCGCUCCCCUCCACUUAACCGCCUGUAGCACUUAAACACCGCUCAUCAGAGGCCACUUGAGCUGACUGCUUCACUCACCUUCUGUGAUCUGCUCUUAAUUCUCCUCCCCACGCUCCCAGGCUUCCUUUUUCUCCCCCUCUUCUCCUCCUCGUCUUUACUCAGCUGAGUGGAAAAGGGUGUGAGUGUGACUCCAAGGCAGGCUGAAACCUUGAAGAGCCUCUGAGGGACUCGAGCAGGGAGAUGAUAGAUAGUCAGACAGCUCUUAAACAUCAUUUUUAUUUUACUAUAUAUGUCUGGGUGAAGAAAAAUAAGUCCUACUUUUAGUUUUUUUCAAGUUCUUGGAAAAAGCUUUCUUGUGUUUUCCCUCGGCUUCCAUCAGUACAUAUGUCUUCUCUGAUUGGCCCUCAGAUCGCAGACGGCAUGGCCUUCAUUGAGAGGAUGAACUACAUCCACAGGGACCUGAGAGCUGCUAACAUCCUGGUGGCUGAUAACUUAGUGUGCAAGAUCGCCGAUUUUGGGCUGGCAAGACUCAUCGAGGACAACGAGUACACAGCCAGACAAGGUGUGUGGAGCGAUUUCACAAAUGCUGUUUCACUAUUCUGGGAAAUAUGAAUAAGGAAAGUGUUCUGCACGUGUGUCCUGUUUGAUUCAUCUUUGUUUUCUCAUCCCAGGUGCCAAAUUCCCCAUCAAGUGGACCGCUCCUGAAGCAGCUCUGUACGGUCGCUUCACCAUCAAAUCAGACGUCUGGUCGUUUGGUAUACUACUGACUGAACUGGUGACCAAGGGCAGAGUCCCAUAUCCAGGUGAGGAGGAGAGCGGCGUUCACUUCUGCCUCCUGUCAGAAAAGUUCCCCUGCGUCUCCUAAAGUCGUAUUUAUAAAGUUUCGACCCUGGAAAGGCAAAAUGAUUCAUCAGUCAGUGUCUAAGGAUAAUCCCUGACUGCUAUUUUGAUUCUUCCUCAUCUGAAUUUUUAAUAGACUUUUCUCACACAUGCGGAUCAUAAUAGAACCGCAUGUAGCUGACGUGAGUCAUCGCAGAUGUCUACAGAUUUAUCAGAGCAUGGGAAAGUACCCCUCGCUCUCUUCAUGCACGCUCUCCUUCUCCCUGUCGUCUGUCGCUUCAUCUCUGCCCCCUGCUGUCAGAAAGCAGUACUGCUGCCAGCGCGCCCCGAUGGUGGCGACUGUUGGAGUGGCACUGAUUACAGAGCGAGCCAUAUGGCAGACUCAACCACCAUCUCUGCUUGGGGACCAUCUGGCUCCCGUGGCCCUCUUGGUUUUAAUGCAAACUGUUGGGUUUGAUUAAUUCACAUCAGUGCUGCAGUUUCUGGGGGCUGAACUCCUCAUUUCCUUUUUUUAUGACUGAAGUGUGACUCACCAGACUCUUUUGGCCUCCCUCCUGCUGUGCUGAGGGUUUUAUUUUUAUUCCCUUGCUUGGUAGUGUAGAGCAGCGUGAAGCAGGUAUAUCAAGACCAUGUGGCAAGUGUCUGCAUAGGGAGACAUCAUCGUUCUUCUAUUUCAGCCCGUGUUUGUAUAAAUAGAUAUAUAGCUAUAUGACAGGCAUGUUAAUAGAGCUGAGGCUCUGAGAUCCAAGACAUAAAUCAUGCGAACACUUGAGCAUCCGACACACCAACACCACCACAUAUCCUGCUCUCAGCAGUCACUCUCAGCCUUUCCUCUCUCCUAUUGUGACAUAACCUGAUCCCCACUUCCCCCCAAAGAGAAAGAGGUAGGGGGUGAAGAGGCAUGGAGGGGAUGGAGGGGGGAGGAUGCAUCUCCAACCAUGCCUCUGACUCUGUGUCAUAACCUCUUUUAGCUGCAGCGGAGCUCCCCGCAGAGCUGUGAUCGGGUUCAGGAUCUCUGCCGUUCCUGUGUUGAGGAGGAAUCCACAGCUUGGGUUAUUCUAGUCGAAGAGACAGACGCAGCAGAAGUUUGACUUUUUUAUGGAUGCAGUUAAAAAAUAAAGUUACGAAUGAUCCCUCAUGUUCAAAUUCAACUUAAUUUUUAUGGCACUUUUCAGACAAAAAAUGCAGUUCAAAGUGCCAACAACAAUUAACAACAAUAAAACCCAACAUUCCCACACACACAAAGACACACACCCACACUCUCUCACCCACACAUAUACACGCACAGAAGCGCACACAGUGUGAGAAUUUAAGAUAUAUUGUUUAAGAGACAUGGCCUGACACCGAGGCAUCACGUGAGGAAAGAGCCACCUUUGGGAACACUGGAGAUAAAAAUAAAAUGAUAAAAAGAAAAACUAAAACCUGAUGGACUAAAACAAGAAAUAUAUUAAUAUUUAUAUUAAAUGAACAGAUAAGUAAGAGCUCUUUAAUGUACAAAAAGGGGUAAAAGAAGUAAAAACCUGUGAUUGGAAUUAAGAAAAAGACUUUGAACAGAGAUAAUUAAUAAAAUAAACAAUAAGAACUUUGAUUAAAAUGAACAUUUGCAAUAAGAGAAAUUUAAAAAAAGGCAGUUAGUGAAAAGUCUGGUUAAAAAUGUGAUGUUAUACUGCCCGGCUUUGAAUAUACUUUGUGUGAAGACUAAAACAUACAGGAUUGAGUGAGUAUCGGCAGCGUUGCGUUUCCAUUCCAAUCAAUGCAGCAUCGUAUACAUGAUGCGUCUCUGCUCUGUCGCAGCAUCGUAUCAAGAGCAGCACUGCUAAAGAUACGCAAUGAGUCUAUUUUUGCUGCUCUACACUUCCAACAGGCGUCAACCCACACAGAGAAGAUCGCUCUAGACAGUAUGUCAAGCACAGAAAUUGCGCAUGUCAUCCAGUAUUUCAAAAUAAAACACCAUAUGCGAACUCCCGACUGUUUAUCAGUUCAUAUAGAUUAGAAGUACUUCCUGGUUAUGGUUUUAUCAGUUACUCAGAACAAUCCCAUGGUCAAUCCCGGAUCCAUGUGGACCCAAACCUGCAAAAACCAAAACUGUAAAAUCACGUUGCUUUUUCACAUGUAGUAGAGGCUCAACGAUCACUGAAUUUUAUCCAAAUUAGCAGGAAAACUACCACAUAAAGGCGAAAUAACCUGUUGUGAGCAUGUUGGUUCCUCUAUACUGAGCCCAGCUGACUGGGGCUGCACCACACAGCUGCUACGCUCCAAAUACGCAUCCUGUAUCCUGUAUCCUGACUGAGGAGGAACAGUGAUAGAUUUAAAAGCACUCUAUGAUUGUAGCUCGUCUAGAUUAUUAACACCGUAUUUCUCUCUGCUCUCCCAGGUAUGGUGAACCGGGAGGUCCUGGAGCAGGUGGAGCGAGGUUACCGUAUGCCGUGUCCACAGGGGUGCCCCGAGUCCCUCCACGAGAUGAUGAGGCAGUGCUGGAAGAAGGAGCCAGACGAGAGACCCACCUUCGAGUACAUCCAGUCGUUCUUGGAAGACUACUUCACAGCCACGGAGCCGCAGUACCAGCCGGGGGACAACCUUUAGUUUAGAUUAGAUUUUGGGAUCAAACUUUGACAUCCUGGAGAGAUACACGAGUGGAGAUCAAAGCUUUGGGAGAACUUCAAAUAAAUGGGAGAAAAGCCUUGAGGAGGCUGGAGGGGGAGAGAGAGGUUUUAGUGUUACAAACUAGUCCACACCCACGCCGGUGCAUCUGAAAGUAUAAGAGGAACACGUUUGGAGGAAGAGGUUUGUCCCUGUUUUGUACCGGUGGACCAAACGCUUGGGGAAGCAUCCAUUUGUGCAGAUUGAUGCUGGUACGUUAAGCUCUGGGAAUAAUCUGAGUAAUGGACGGCCACGACACUGUGAUCAAAAAAGACAGGGCUUUUUUUUAUCAUUUUAAUUCAGUGACUCCCUUUUUAGAUGCAGAUCUUUUUUUUUUUACUUUUUAGAUUUUAAAUUUCCCCUCACUCCUCUGAUUUUUUAAGAUUUUAUUUCACAAACAAUUCUUCGAUUUUGAGAGUAAAAGAUCUUUAACAUGUUCAGGAGUUUUGUUCGAAUACGUAGGGUGAUAAGUACGUUUUUAUAAGCGACCAGCAACUGUGGUUUGGUCGAGUAUGAGCUGUGACUGUUAUGUUUGGACGGAGAGGGUGGAGAGUAAAGUAAUGGAGGACUUUAUGGUUGUGAGAAUGUACAGACGUAAGAGGAAGAGAUGUACAUACUGUAUGUGCAGAGAGAUGUAUUGUAGCAGGUGUGAUCAGGUAGACGAAUGGAAGCGUGAGAGGAUUUGUCUUUUUAACUCAGUCACUUAAAUGGCAAAUCAUGGGAUCCAUUUGCUUUUAUUUAAGCAGGGACUUCAAUGACAAAGAGGUAUUUUGAUAAUGUGUAAUAACAUUUUUCCUUAACGUUAUGUAAAUGGUUAAAAAAAAUGGACAUUUUAGCUGUGAAAUUUAUGAUUUGGUUCAUUUUUGUUUAAAAAAUCAGCGUCUCAUCUGUCAUUUGGGGAACAGUUCAGGUAGCAGUUUAAACAUCGACCAAUACCAGGGAUAUAUUUUCCUCUUCUUCAUAGUAUCCAAACAUGCCUUCAGGGUCUUCACCCAUGUUCAUCCAAAGCCAACAACACAAAAUGAACCUUUUUAAUGUGUAACUAUGCAACGUCAGCUGUUUUUCUGUCGAUGUUUCAUGGAGUAAAGAGUCAAAAAUGUUAAUUUACAGCGUCUUUCUUCUCUGGGUUUCUUAUUUCAGUUCCCCACAGUAAAGUAUCACAAAACAGACAAAACCAACACUUUCCACACACUUUUGUCACGCCCGCUCCAAAAGGUACUUCCUCGUCUCUGCGGUGGUGUGUGCGAUGGGAAAUCUCAAAGUUGUAAGAGCUGUCAUUCAGUAGGUGAAGCGAACAGUGGGACAAAGAUGUGAACUUUUUUUUUUGUAUUUCUCUGUGCGUCACUCAUGAGAACCUAACGUGACUGUUUCUAAAGAUUAAGAGGAACGAUGAUGAACUUCCUGAAUGAUGGUCACUAAUAUGAUUUUGUACAGAAAAAAUAAAAGUUUUACUGAAAGCUU